AAUUUGUUUAUUUAUUUUUCAUUACAUUGCAUUCUUGUCACGUGCACAUAGCUCGCAUGAACAACAAUUACUGUAGUCUAAUUGCCCGCAUCUAAAAGCAUACGCAACCAUACUUAAAGCGAAGUCAAAUGUGCUGAGUCCCACUUUUUCUUCGCAACAAACACAAAUAACCGGCUAAGUUUUUGUCUUACUAAGCUAAGCACAACAAAAGUAACUAACAAAAGCAAAAAUAAAACGUAAAGUAAAAGAGAAUAAAAUAAAUAGCCAACACAAGGCAAAAAAAUUAAAGUGCGAACAAAAUAAAUGAGCAUAAUAAGAAACACAUUGUAAUACAUAAAACAUAGCUAGACAGCACUAAAGCAAGAAAAUAAGAAAUGAAGAGAACUGAGCAUAAUAAAAUUCACUGAGGUACACAUAUAAUCUAAUGUAGCCGGUGGCUGCACACUACCCAGAGGACUCACAGUGUAGUUGCAAUAAGCUACAGCAAGCGUAGCAGAUUCAAAUCUUUAAAUAUUAAAGAGUUUGUGGCCAAUAAGUAACACUAGUGCUACAGCAGCAGCUAAGAGGAAUUCUGUGCGUGCAUUACGGCGGAAAAUGUGACCUAUGGCUGUUUGUUUUUGUGCAUCUACCGUACCCGUACCUCCACACAUAUAUGCACUGCACGAAAAUGGCUUUGAAGUAUCAAAAAUGGAAGAUGGCAAUUUAAUUAAUGGCGAUAGUCAUCAGUAAAUAAAUAUAUUUACAUACAAGCCGCUACUGCAGUAAUAUAAACAACUUCCCACCGUCCGCCGAGCGCUUGACUUCAAGCAACUACCGUUGAAAAUGUAUGGUUUACUAUUGGAGAAUCUCUCCGAGUAUAUUAAAUCAGUGUACGGCGAAGAGAAAUGGGAAGACAUACGACGACAGGCUGGUAUCGACUCGCCAUCAUUCAGCGUACAUCAAGUCUACCCGGAGAAUAUGCUGAACAAAUUGGCGAAGAAGGCGCAACAGGUACUCGGCGUUUCCGAGCACGAAUUCAUGGAUCAAAUGGGUGUGUAUUUUGUCGGUUUUGUCGGACAAUAUGGUUACGAUCGCGUACUCUCUGUGCUGGGUCGGCAUAUGCGUGACUUUCUUAACGGUCUCGAUAAUCUACAUGAAUAUUUAAAAUUCUCAUAUCCACGUAUGCGAGCGCCAUCAUUUAUUUGUGAAAAUGAGACGCGGCAAGGCCUCACAUUGCACUACCGCUCCAAGCGGCGCGGCUUCGUCUACUACACAAUGGGCCAGAUACGUGAAGUGGCGCGACAUUUCUACCACAAAGAGAUGCAUAUCGAAUUGGUACGCGAGGAGAUACUCUUCGAUACCGUACACGUAACAUUUCAAUUGACAUUUGAUAAUCGUGCAUUCACACUUGCAUCGCUGGCGAUGACGCGGGAGGAGAAGCAUUUGCCCAUCAGUGCACAUGUGCUCUUCGAGAUAUUUCCAUUUUGCAUUGUAUUCGGUGCCGAUAUGGUGGUGCGCAGCAUUGGCAAUUCUCUAAUGGUCAUACUACCCGACCUGUUGGGGCAAAAAAUUACCGCCUGGUUUGAUCUGGUGCGUCCAUUAAUUGCCUUCAAAUUCCAAACUAUUUUAAAUAGAACAAAUAACAUCUUUGAAUUGGUCACGGUAGAACCUGUUACCGAUCGCGUCGAUAUUCAACCUUCCACCGAGCUACUGCUACACGAUGAUGGUUCCGAACCAGAGAAGACGCUGCGUUUAAAAGGUCAAAUGGUCUACAUGGAAAAUUGGCGUAUGAUCAUGUUUCUGGGUACGCCUGUUAUGCCUGAUCUCAAUUCACUGAUUACAACUGGUCUUUAUAUUAACGAUUUGUCAAUGCACGACUUCAGCAGAGAUCUCAUGUUGGCUGGCACACAGCAAUCAGUCGAACUCAAAUUAGCGCUCGAUCAGGAACAACAAAAGUCAAAGAAACUGGAGGAGUCUAUGCGCAAAUUGGAUGAAGAAAUGCGGCGUACAGAUGAGUUACUUUAUCAGAUGAUACCCAAACAGGUUGCGGAUCGUUUAAGACGCGGGGAGAAUCCCAUUGAUACGUGUGAGAUGUUCGACUGUGUGUCUAUACUUUUCGCUGACGUUGUCACUUUCACCGAAAUCUGCAGUCGCAUAACACCCAUGGAAGUGGUGUCAAUGUUAAAUGCUAUGUAUUCUAUAUUUGAUACGCUUACCGAGCGAAAUAAUGUGUACAAGGUGGAAACAAUUGGUGAUGCCUACAUGGUUGUGUCGGGUGCGCCAGAGAAAUCCGUAAAUCAUGCGGAUAAAGUUUGUGAUAUGGCCUUAGACAUGGUGGAUGCCAUCACAGAUCUAAAAGAUCCGUCGACGGGCCAACAUUUGCGCAUACGUGUGGGUGUGCAUUCCGGAGCGGUUGUUGCCGGUAUUGUCGGCUUAAAAAUGCCGCGAUAUUGUCUUUUUGGUGAUUCGGUGAAUACAGCAUCACGUAUGGAAUCGACAGGCUCUGCGAUGAAAGUUCACGUUUCCGAGCCGGCCAAACAAUUUCUUAGCCCUUGUUACAAGUUAACGGAACGUGGUGAAAUCGAUGUCAAAGGAAAGGGUCCUAUGAAAACAUAUUGGUUGGAAGAGCGUGAAAAUCGCAAAUCAUUACAAUUGCCACCUGAACUUUUCCACCCGAUUUCAACAUUUACAGCACCGACAGUAACUACUGCGACCUCAAUUCCGUCUACAGCAGCCUCUACAUCCGAUCGUCGUUUGAGUGUUUCGCAGACAUUGAAGGCUAUUAUGCCAGCUGCUGCUCAACCGGUUAUAGGUUCAGUGGAACGUAUGCAAUUGGCUAAUGCCACGAGUGCCAUGAUCAAUUCAAUGGAUGCAGCGAGCGCAGCAAGUACGAGCUCACCAUCACAUGGUAGCGCUGGUAAAGAGCGCGGACGUAUUUACUCGCCCGUAACCUUCACUGAUAUAGCGCGUCGCAGCAUAGCUAAUUCACCUGUACGCAACUCAUUUGGAAGCAAUGAAUGUGGUCGUGAAUCGCGCUCCAAUUCGAUGGGUCAUGUUUUUAUGCGUUCACCCAGCGACAUUUUCGGUUCGCUCAUAUUGGAUACCGAAGAAUUUUUAGAAGACCUGCAAUACUCACGUAGUUCGUUGGUUAAUAGUGCCACCUCUUCAGCCGUGUGUCCCUAUAGUCCAGCACCUACAUUUCGCAUAGGUAGCGCACCGUCCAAACCACGUCUCAAUAAUCCAGAUCAGUUUACACCUGAAGAACUGGCUGCUAUGGAUCAGAUCACCCCACCGUCGACAGCACCCCCACGGGAGACUGUCACCUGCAAAGUGGCACCGACCACAUCAUCAGCGUCGUUGGAAAAAUCAAAGGCUAGAAAAAUCACAUUUUCACGUAGCCUAACCAUACCACAAGAACCAGUUGUUUCGCCACCACCACCACCUGUGUCACAACAACAACAACCACCACAACAACCGGCAAGAGAGCAAUUGAAGCAGCAAAAGCCACAGCCCUCCAGUGUUUCAAACUCCACUGUUGCCUCUAUACCGGUACCGAUCAUACCAAAAGCCACCGCAGUUACGAUGCCGACAACAUCGACUGCAAAACCUAAGAUUACAAACAACAACAUAUCAUUCGGCAGCAGUCGUACCUCGUCACGAGAAUCACUAUCACCCAGUUCGCCACCGAUUCGCUCUAACUCGGCACCAUUACCCAUGUCGAAAGCAGCACGUAAAGCAUUCCUCGCCGCCAAGCAAACGAAAGCUAUUGAAAAGCUGGAUCGGAUGAUAGAGGAAGCUAAUGAAGUCGAUGUGCAGAACAAGCGUGCUAACAUGCGACGCAUGGCUGCUUUUCGUGAUGAAGGUGGUGGCGAUGGAGGUGGUGGUUGUCCGCUAUUUUUACCACCGCCACCAGGUCCGCAGAUGACAAACUCCAUAUCAGAUUCGGGAUUGGCACAUCAUGGACACAACCACAGUUACUCACAAAUGCAUUAUGCUACCUGUCAACAUGCACACGAGCCGAAAAUGUCCAACAGUCAUAGUUUCAGUCAUAAUCGUGCUACUGCGCAUCAAUGUUGUACCGGGUAUAACCACUCAAAUGGACGACAUAGAGUGCAUUCCAAUGCAUGUCAAUUGCUUUAAGGACCCAAAAGUAAUCGAAUAUAAAAUUACGCUGAUUAAAUGCGAAACUGUGAGUGUAAUGUAAGUAAUGUAAGCUCAACGCGGCUAUAGUAGUUAGUACUAAGGUGGUAAUCAAAUAAUGGAGACACAAGGAAAGAUCAUUGUUGAAGUCGAUGGUCAGCAUUUCUUAGCAAAUGACGAAAUUAGCUAUGCUUUGAAUAUUAGAUUUGUAAGAGGCUACAAUGACGUCACUAAAGUGUGUCUCGCUAUGCAAUGUAUUGGGGCGUGUUAAUGAAGGUGCUAAAUGUAUUUUAGAAUAAAUGCAACAAAUCUCGAAGGAAUAGUAUGUAAUAUGUAUACGAAACUCUUGCCAGAACAAAUAUAGCAGAAUUCUAUUACAAUAUUACCAAAUUAUGCAAAUAUAGCUAAUGAAAACAUUAGUUCUCUGUUCAACUAUGAGUGUUACCUGAAAUGUAGUUAAGUAAACAGUGAAGAAAAUGUUUAUUAUGAUCAUUAAUUAGCAAUAGUAAUAUCUGUACAAAUGUAUUUAUGUGUCGAGUAACCGAAUUUUACGAAUUGUUUUAAUUUUUACAAAUGUUUUAAAUUUUUUAUUUAAUUAUUUCUUAAUUUAAUUUAUAGUCUUGGUCUUGUAGAUGGGUAGUUAAAUUGGAGUUUGACUAAAAAGGGAUUUUUAUUUUUGCAAUCUAACAUUCUUAAAUUAAUCUUUGGUCAAAUAAAGAUACUCGUCCUGAUCAUUUUAAUACCCCAAUAACAUCCAUUUUGAUUUAUGAAGAAAUCAGUACGUCAGUCCUUGGGAAUAAUGAAUGGUGUAGUUCACCAGUUUCUAAAGAUCUGAAACAUAGACAUUGUAUAUAAGAUUUUGAGUAUAUUACUUAUUAUUAAAUUUUGUAUCUUCUGACGUUUUCUAUUUUUAUUUUUUUUUCCUUUUUUGAAAUCACAUUCUCUGCUUGAUUGAAUUCCAUCCCAAAUGUUACGAGUUUUUACUACCAUUAAAUCUUUUAUUACUGAGAACAGAACAUCUGAUCUGAUCUUACAGUCACUCAUAGAAUAUUAUUACUGAAAUGGCAAGCCGAAUGGUUACCGCUUUCUUGUAUACUGAAAAAUAUAAAAGCUUAAAUUUUUUGUGAACUGAACUUUUCACAACUGAGGCAAAAACUAAAAAACAAUUAGUUAAUGUUGAAAUUAUAUCAAAAUAUAUUUAAAAAAAUAACAUCUCAAAUCUAUAAAUAUUAGCACUAAAUGUUAUGGAAAGGCUAAACUUCGUUUUCAGGAGAGAUUGCAAAGGCUUCACCGUACGUUAUAUUAUAAAACAAUUUCGAGCUUUGAAAAAAUGUUUAGAUAUAAGUAAGUUAAACUAUUUGUUAACACUUUGAUUUUUUGUAUAGUACAAGUAAGUAAGGAAAUAAUAUAGUAGUUGCUAAAAAACGAAAAUGUUAUGUAUACAAACUGGAUAUACUAAAAGUAAUACCUCUUCAAACGACAAUAUACUAAUGGACUAACGGAAUAUGAAUAGCAAAAUUGUGCAAAAAGAAUUGCGGAAAUAAUGAGGAAAACUAUGUAUUUAUGAAAAAAUAUAAUAAUAAUAAAAUAUAAAUAAUGGAAUAAUAAAAUGGAACAAUGUGUCAUUUUAAAUGUUACAAAAAAAAAUUGAAUAACAUUUUUUGAAUAUAUGUAUUAAAAAAUAAGCAAAAGUACAGCAAACAAAAAAAAUUAUAUAAUCUUAAUAAUAAAAUUCUAAAUGUUGAGACAGAAAAUAAAGUCAAUGUAACACUAGUAACUAAUUUAAAUCAAAGCAAAGAAUGCAUAUCUUUUAGUGAAAAAAAAUUAUAAUUAAUACAAACGAAAUGUACAAAGAAGGAAAUUACUGCGAAAAAUAUUUUUCUAGGAACGGAAAAUUUAAAAAAAAUUCAAGUUUUGGUAUAGAAAGCAACUAUUUAAUAAACUGAAUCAAAUUUUCUUGAAGACUAAGUGUAACCAGUACUCGUAUAUACACAUAUGUAGAAUAAUACGAGCAGUUUAGAGAUUAAGAAUACUCAUUGCAAACUGUUUAUGUAUGUAUGUAUGUAUGUAUGUAUAUAAUUAUUUAGUUAUUAAAAAGUUGAUAUGUGUGUCUCCGCACCAGAAUUUGGCCAUUGCAAUAAAUCGAAAUAUGUAUUAAUAUAAAUUUGUAAUUAUCACAGUAAAUUGUUAUUAAUUAUUUAUGGAAUUAAGCAACACAAAAGAACACACGCUAAAGCAGAAUUGAAGGAUUAUAUUAUUAAAGUAAAGUGAAUUGAAUCAAAAUAGUUUACGAGUAUAAUGUCAUUGUUGUGCUUUGUUACAUUUAAGCAGCUUUGUAAGUGAAACGAAUUUGUGAAAGUAAGAAUCUUCAUAGAAACUGAAUAAAAAGGAAUAAUGUUUAAACAUGGUUUUUAUUCACGACUAAGGAAGGAAGAAGCAAUAUAGCAUGUAUCAUAUCUAAGAUUAUAAAAAUUAUCGUUAAGAUUUAUUAUACAUUUUAUUUAUACCACGAACACUUGGAUAUAUACAUACUCAA